AUGGCGGCGUCCUGCGCGGCCCUGCUCGCUCUGUGUGUGUCCCUACCGCCGCUGCUGCUGGUCGUGUGGAAGCGCUGGCGGCGGGGGCGCGCAGCCCGGCACGUGCUGGUCGUGGUGCUCGGCGACGUGGGCCGCAGCCCCCGCAUGCAGUAUCACGCGCUGUCAUUGGCCAAGCGCGGCUUCUCCGUGUCCCUACUGGGGUUCUGCAACUCCAAACCCCACGAUGAACUCCUGCAAAAUGACAGAAUUCAGAUCGUGAGUUUGACAGAACUUCAGAGACUUGCAGUUGGACCUCAAAUUUUCCAGUACGGAGUCAAAGUUGUGUUUCAGGCAGCGCACUUGCUGUGGAAGUUGAUGUGGAGGGAGCCUGCAGCUUACAUUUUUCUCCAGAACCCCCCGGGCCUGCCUGCCAUUGCCGUCUGCUGGUUUGUGGGCUGCCUCUGUGGGAGCAAGCUCGUCAUCGACUGGCACAACUAUGGCUACUCCAUUAUGGGGCUGGUGCACGGCCCCAGCCACCUCCUUGUUCUGCUGGCCAAGUGGUAUGAGAAGCUCUGCGGGCGCCUGUCCCACCUGAACCUGUGUGUGACCAAUGCCAUGCGGGAGGACCUGGCAGAGAAUUGGGGCAUCAGAGCUGUGACCGUCCACGACAGGCCGGCAUCUUUCUUUAAAGAGACGCCCUUGCCCCGGCAACACCAGCUCUUCAUGAAGCUGGGCCACACCUACCCUGCGUUCAGGGCCCGCACUGAGCCUUCGGAUCCUGGUGUGGAGAGGUCGGCCUUCACGGAGCGGGCAGUGCAGAGCGGGCUGGUGACGAGAUUUGGGGGGCGGCCAGCGCUGUUGGUCAGCAGCACGAGCUGGACAGAGGAUGAGGACUUCUCCAUCCUGCUGGGAGCGUUAGAAAAGUUUGAGCAGCUGGUCCUGGAGGGAGCGCGCCUGCCUUCCCUGGUCUGUGUGAUAACAGGCAAAGGGCCCCUGAAGGAAUUCUAUAGCCGCCUCAUCAGCCAGAAGCAUUUCCGGCACAUCCAGGUCUGCACCCCGUGGCUGGAGGCGGAGGACUACCCCCUGCUUCUAGGCUCGGCGGACCUGGGCGUGUGUCUGCACAAGUCCUCCAGCGGCCUGGACCUGCCCAUGAAGGUGGUGGACAUGUUUGGCUGCUGCCUGCCCGUGUGCGCCGUCCGCUUCCGCUGCUUGCACGAGCUGGUGAAACACGAGGAGAAUGGCCUAGUCUUCACAGACAUGGAGGAGCUGGCAGCUCAGCUGCAGAUGCUUUUCACAAAUUUUCCCGAUCCUUCUGGCAAACUAAACCAGUUCCGGAGGAACCUGCAUGAGUCAGAGCAGCUCGGUUGGGACGAGAGCUGGAAGCGCACAGUGCUCCCCCUGAUUGUGGACACGUGACCCCAGACCAAUGCCUGAAAGCGCUGACCUUCCUGCUGGACAGUGGUGGAGGCCCCCACGCCCUUCCUGCCUCCUCCCGCUUCUCCCAGCAGCAGCCCAGUCCCUGGCCAAACACGGGGGAGCAGCGCCACCCAGUGGCCGCAGCUGGAAGGACGCAGGCCCGCGUUGGGAGGCAGCUGUGGAAGGGUGGGCCUGGGGGUGGCUCCGUGGCCGGAAGCUGGGUCAGCCUAGUUCCCUCUUAGGAGCCUCUGAAUCACUCCUCUCUUUUCUUCUGUUCUCAGAGCCUCUUCGUUCCCCCAGUUCAUUCCUUCUCUUUUCUUUGCUCGUGGUGUCUUCACACAGCUCUGUCUCCAGGUGUCCCCUUUGCAGGCAUCUGCCCUGCGGUGCCCCAAAACUCGAUUCUCCUCGAACACUGCCCCACAGCUGGCGCCGUGAGGGGGGCCGCCUGUAUCCAGGAGGGAAUGCACUUGAGAUGCGCACACACAUACAUAGUUUGUUUUUGUUUAUUUGCCCAAGUAAGAUGCUUACCUCUGAGCCAAAAUUUCCAUUUCUGAUAGAUGGUCGUUUGCUUAAGAAACAAAAUUAGGGCCUCCCCGGUGGCCUAGGGGUUAAGUCUCAGCGCUGUCACUGCUGUGGCCUGAGUUUAAUCCCUGGCCAGGGAGCUACCCACAUGGCGCAGCAGACCUCUCCUGUCUCCCGGCUGCUCCCCUCAGCAGUGUAGAAGAGCAAAGGAAAGAGAAAGGAAUGAACUGGGGGAACGAAGAGGCUCUGAGAACAGAAGAAAAGAGAGGAGGCCCUAAUUUCAGUGGAUCCGUCUGUUCUGCUCCCCACUGUCUCUGGUGAAUCCUCUCAACCCCCCACACCUCUGGCCUGUACCCCAGUUCUACGCAAAAACAAAAAACCCAAAAUUGCUGGCAAAAAGAGGCACUCACAGACUCGAACCGGUGGUUUUAUUAGAGUAGUUUGUGGCUCCUGAUUCGGAACUUAACAUUCCUCAUGCAUUUGAGUCCAGUGAAAGUCCCAUCACCUUUCCCCUAUAAAAAUCCUUUCUAGGAUAGUGAGUUAAUUUCACACACGUCUUCCAGAAUGCUGGUUUGCCUAGAGCAUGAGCCUCAGAAUCCCCAUCUCGGAAUGCUCUUCGUAGGGAAACAGUUUCUGGUCAUGAGGAGGCACUGCUUCCCAUGGGAUCCCAGCUUGGCCUGAAACGGAGCAAACACUGAGGACACCACCCUGCUGCGGCCUGGGCAAGCUGGUUUGCUGUGUCACUGACUCCAGGCCCCGUCUAGCAUUGGCCCCCAGGGGCAGACCAGGAGCAGCGGUUCAAAACAGUCAUGGCAGCCAGGUUUGCUGCCUCUACCCCGGGGCCUGUGCUUAAGAGGGUCAUGGCCCUUGUUCCCGCUCUGCUGCCGCCUCCACCCCAUCACCAGCCUAAGCCUGAGUCUGCUCAAGCACUCACGGUUGCACUCGUGAGCACAGGACUUUGUCCCAGGUUUUUACUAAUGGAAAGUGUAUAAGAAUCAUGAUGUGAAGGUGUGGGGUGUCUAAGAUCCUGUCACCCAUGUGUAACACUGUUAAUGGGUGUAUACUCCAGUUUCCUCAUAUGGAGAGUAAUGUGAAGAUGUUUUUUAAAAAUAAAAAUGGACUUAA